CCUUAUUUUUUAUACUUAACUAUGAUGGUUUUUAUCCCGGUCAUUGUCCUUAUCUUCCCCGGUGGCUGCCAUUGUGGCCUCUCCCAAGGUCUACAUCUCUUCAACCUCUCUGCUGCCCCUGGGAUGUGACUUUUAUAGUCAGUUACGCUGCCGCUGCCAUGACCAAUGCCUAUUUCCUAGAGGUCCUUAUUUGUAUUUCCUCCCGUUCAGGGGUUCGUUUUGCUCUAGGUUAGUCUAUGGCUGAUGUUACCCGAUUAGCAUACACGUCAAUUUGCUGUCAUGGUAUCUUUGCGGUGGGACGUUCUGUCCGGAACCUUUCGCAUGCUGGUGUCAGCGAUGUUCUGUGGGUGGCUGAUGUCAGUAUUCUGGACAAAAUCCCUCCUCUGACAUGUCACUUUCAGUUCCCUAGAACUUAUAAGUUACUUACGUUUCUCUAUACCAAAGGUUCCAAGCAUCAAGCCUCACACUAAAGGCAAAUCUUACAGGAUAAAGGCCAGUCGGUUCCUUGCGUUGCUACUAAGCAGAAUAAAGCGGAAUAAGAAAACAAUGAAUCUAAUACAGGGUCACGUUGACAGCUCGGGCUGUCUUCCUCCAUCGAAGGUCAAACAAGCCGUCCCCCAGUGGUCCUCGGAUUAUUUUGUCUGCAGCCAGAGUCCGCCUGCGAGGAUGUGGCUGUACCUGGCCGCCCUGCUGGGGCUGUACUUCCUCCGCCGAUGGUACCGGGAGCGGCAGAGCGUCGAGGGCCUCCCGGAGAAAUACGUCCUGAUCACCGGCUGCGACUCCGGCUUCGGGAACCUGCUGGCCAAGCAGCUGGACGUGCGGGGCCUGCGGGUGCUGGCGGCUUGUCUCACCCAGCAGGGCGCGGAGCAGCUGAGGAAGGCGACGUCGGAGCGGCUGCAAACGGUGAUCCUGGACGUCACCCGGACCGACAGCAUCGCCGCGGCCACCGCCUGGGUGAAGGAACAAGUGGGGGACAAAGGGCUCUGGGGCCUGGUGAACAACGCAGGGAUCGGCAUCCCCACGGCCCCCAACGAGUGGCUGACCAAGGACGACUUCGUCAAGGUGUUGAACGUGAACCUGAUCGGCCUCAUCGAGGUGACCCUCAGCGUCCUGCCCCUGGUGAAGCGAGCCAGGGGCCGGGUCAUCAACGUGGCCAGCACGAUGGGCCGGCUGGCCAUGAUUGGAGGGGGCUACUGCCUGGCCAAGUACGGGGUGGAGGCGUUCUCCGACAGCCUCCGGCGGGAGCUCCUUCCUUUCGGGGUCAAGGUGUGCAUCAUAGAGCCGGGUGCCUUCGGGACGCAGAUCUUAAAUACCCAGAUCAUGAAAGACAUGCUGCAGGAGGUGUGGGGCCGGGUCCCCGCCGAGAUCAAAGAGUCGUACGGGCAGCGCUACUUCGACACCUAUUAUGAGCAAUUCCUCCAGCUCUUAUCCACGGCCAGCCCCAACCUCUUCCUGGUCACCGACUGCAUGGAGCACGCGCUGACAGCCCGCCACCCCCACACUCGCUACUCGGGGGGCUGGGACGCUAAGCUGUAUUACCUCCCGCUCUCCUACUUGCCAGCCUGGUGCCAAGACUUCCUGCUGACUCUCCGGCAGCCCAAACCGGCCCAGGGCAUCUAGGGGGCAUCGGCGGUGAAGCCACCCGGAGGAGAUAUUAGGGUUGAGACGGCAGCAUCUCGCCGUGUAACUUACUAGCUUCUGGGGUGCAGCGUAUUGCUUGUUUUAAAGCCAGCGGGGUGGGACUGAUCAGGUGUCAUACUCCGGUUAAUGGAAAGAGCCAGGUAGGGCGAGGGGGGAGGUUCUGCUGCGGGUGGGGGGGGUAUCUGCUGCCUUCGCAGACCAGCUUCUGCUGGGUCCUAAUCAUUUCCUACUUCACUGGAAUGCCAGGGGCUUCACCAGCGGGGAGAACCGUGCCGAAGGGGCCCCGGGCGUAUGAAUCAAAGGGAGGCACAGGAGAGGUCCAGGCUGGUCAGGCGGUUACGGCCCUGCGGCGGGAUUCAGGGGAGCUGGGUGCCAUUCCUGACUUUACCACAGACUCACUGUGCAAAUCAUUUGCCGUGCCUCAGUUUCCCCAUCUGUAGAAUGCAGGCAGUACAUCUUCCCAGGUUUAAACUGUGAGCACUUUGGGGCAGGGACUGUCUCUCACCUGCAUCUGUGCAUCAGCCAGCACAACGGGACCCUAUCUUGGUGAGGGCCUCCAGGUCUUACCACGAUACAUGAAACAAUCAAUCAAAUUGCGUUGAACUCUAGUAAAAUCACUGGUUUCAGGCUAGGGCCUGGGGUUAGUAGAGGCCUCUCUGGCCUUUUUUGUUUAUUCGCAGAGCCAAUAAAUUGUUGCAAAAACG